AUGGGCGGCAGAGUGGGAUCCGCGCCGUCGCUGACGAAAAACGCGUCGUUUAGCGGCGCGGGCGCUGGGCGGGCGAGCGAGGGCGAGUUCGGCACUGUAGGGGGUGUGCUUAUAGAGAAUCUUGUGGUGGAUCUUAAAGGCGUGGAGCGGCUCGACCCGUCGUGGAUCGUCCUGCCGAAAUCCAGCAGCGGCGCGCAGAGCAAAGGUGGGCAGGGAGAGGAAUGGUGGGUGCGGGAGAGGAGAGGUGGGUGGGAGUGGACAGAUGUGUAUGGGAGAAAGCGGGUGAGGGAGAGGAAAGCUGCCCCAUCCGCUGCUUCACACUGGAACACCACUGGCAGGCAAGCGGGUGAUGCUGGAGUGGCAGGCGGAGUGGCAGGGGAGGGAGUGGAAAAGGAGGGGGAGUGGAAAAGGGGGGAGGGGGGGGGGGGGGGGGUGGCAGCUCCAUUCCUGUCAUCUCAUCUCCAGUUGCUCCAAAGCCUUGCCCUCCGCGCCGCGCCCCGUUUCCCAAACCCUCGCGCCAUGCCCUGCCUGCUCCUCACCGAUCUGGCAGGCGAGAGGGUGAUUCUGGAGUCGCAGCUCACGUCGCUCGUCACCAACGUGGCCAUCCAACCCGGCACCAGCAAGACCUACGCCAUAAGAGCGCAGCUACCACCAGCGCAGCUCCCCCCUCCUACCGCGGAACAGCACUGCGCUCUAGGGGGGGAAGUGGGGGGAGGAGGGGCGGGGAAGGGCGAGGGGAACAGGGGGCAAGGGGGGAGCGCGAAUACCACUCCGCUGAAGGGGCGAGGGGGAGGGGACGAGGGGAGAGGGGGAGCAGCGGCGGGUGGUCAGGGGAAGGGGAAAGGGGGGAAGGGCGGACAGGGAGGUGCGACGUCUGUUGUGGAGGUGCGGGUGCCGUUGCGCAUCUGGACGCUACCCAACCUGAGUGGGCUCACAGUGGAGGAGCUGGACUCAGAUGAUCACUACGGCGUGGGAGCUCCAUGGGAGGUGCCCGUCAAUGCCUCACCCCCUCUUUCCAUCGCGUACCUCACCCUAAACCCUCACUCCCUCACUACUUCACUCCCUCCGUCACUCGCUUCCCCAUUCCCUCCAUCGCUUCCUCCCUCAUUCUCUCUCACAUUCCCGCGCAGGCAUAGUGCCCAUGGCGCCGGUGGAGGUGGACAUUCAGUGGAGGGAGAGGAAGUCCCGGGCGGCACUCAUGGUAGGCUGGGUGACACUCAUGUUAGGCUGGGCGGCACGGAACCACCAGCAGCAGAAGAGGACGAGGAGGACGCAACCACUGCAGCUGCUGCUGCUGAGAGCACUGGAGCAGUGGGAGGGGCGGCAGGGCGGCGCACAGGCAGCCCUGUGGCGGCCACAGCUACCGUCACAGAGGUCGGCGGAGGGGAGGUGGUAUCUGGGGCAGGCUCAGCUGGCCUGGGGGAGGCCGGAACACUGGCAGCAGGAACCAGUUCCGACACUGCUGCUGCUGCUGCUGCUGCUGCUGCUGCUGCUGGGGGUUCUGACGGCCUGCAGAGUCCUCAUCUGACUCGCCUGUGGUCCGCCCCGCUGCCCACAGAGGAGGGUAGUGCUACCGGGGGGCAGCAGGCGGGGGCAAACGAGCCCAUCGGUCGCUCCAAGUCCAUGACUGCUGGCAAGCAGUUCUCAGAAAACGGUGGAGGGGGAGGCAGCUCUGAGUCUCUUUCUUCCUCUGCUGCUGACGGCCGGGGGGGCGGGGGAGGGGGAGGGGGAGCGGGAGCCGCAGGGGGAGGGGCAUGGGCGCGGUCGUCGUCGCUGCUGGAUUUAGAGCCGGAUAGCCCCACGCUGUCAGAGCUGGGGGGGCAGGCGGGGGGAGGGCUGUUGUUUGGCGCGUAUGGGGGGGCGGGGAAUGGGUAUGAGGGGGAGAGAGGGGGCGAUGGGGGGAGGGGAGGGGCGCUGUCGCUGCUGAACCGGCCGGAGGAGGAUGAAGGGCCGUUCAUUCCACGCUCUCCAGGUGAGUCUCCUCUUUCCAACACUUCCCCCCAGGCCUUCCCAGACCCCUCCCACCCCUCACACCAACUCACCCGAUUCCACCUCCAGACCCACACCCCUCGUUUCCCCUCUCCCCCUCCACACCCACACCCCUCGUUUCCCCUCUCCCCCUCCACACCCACACCCCUCGUUUCCCCUCUCCCCCUCCACACCCACACCCCUCGUUUCCCCUCUCCCCCUCCACACCCACACCCCUCGUUUCCCCUCUCCCCCUCCACACCCACACCCCUCGUUUCCCCUCUCCCCCUCCACACCCACACCCCUCGUUUCCCCUCUCCCCCUCCACACCCACACCCCUCGUUUCCCCUCUCCCCCUCCACACCCACACCCCUCGUUUCCCCUCUCCCCCUCCACACCCACACCCCUCGUUUCCCCUCUCCCCCUCCACACCCACACCCCUCGUUUCCCCUCUCCCCCCCGUUCCAUCCGUGGCCAGGGGUGAGAGGGCGAACAUACAACAUCCGCAUAGACGACCAUGUGCUCGUGCGCUUCACCCCCAGGAACCCACAGCCCGUCUACUACCUGGGGGACGUGGUGUCUGGCACUCUCUCCUUCCCCAUUGAGGACGGCCCACGCCGAUGUCUUGAGGUAUCAGUGCUAUUGGAGAUGCAUGAGGUGAUCAACCCCCGCGCCCUCCACACGUCCAGGAGAGUGGCUGCCGCUGCCUCUGCUGCUAAGACCCCCCUACACCUGCCGGUGCUGCAGAUGGAGCAUCACGAGGUGACGGUGGAUCUGCUCCACACGCACUUCAUCUUCACCAUCCCCUCCGAUGCCGCUGCCUCCUUCGCCACGCCCAUCAUCUCCCUGCAGUGGAUCCUACGGUUUGAGUUCUGUGCGUCCACCAGGCGCCCAGCACCACCCAGCAGCACCCCUGGCAGCGCGGGGAAGAACAGGCAGCAGCAGCAGCCACAGCAGCAGAUGCAUGAGAGGCCGCAUGCGCUGGCCAUGGGGGCAGAGACAGAGAGGGGAGAGUGGUCCAUGCCCAUCACCGUGCAUCCGCCCCUGCCUAAAGUCACACGUGAGUCCUUAUCCUACCCCAACCCUUUGCCCGUCAUUGCUGCACCAGCCAUCAGCAACCGGGACAAGGCAGUCAUGCCGCCUGUGCUCCAGCAACAGUCUGCCAUGCUGAACGCUGCUGCUGCUGGGCGUGGCAUGGCUGGUGCACCUGUCCCUCCUUCAGCACCUCUCCCCCCUGCGGCUGUGCCGUGA